ACAUGAUUCAUGGACGCAUUCCACCACAACUAUGCCAACUUUCUAACCUCCAAAUUCUCCAUCUUUCACAUAACAAUCUGACAGGUUCUAUCCCUUCUUGCCUGGGAACCUUGAGAGGUCUCAAGUUGGUGAAAUUUUACAAGUGGUUUCCCAACUACCUUUAUUUCAGUUAUGUUUUUACACCCAAGAUGGAGUUGGUUGAGAAAGGAACAAAGCAGACUUACACUUUUACCUUAGAUCAAGUGAAUCUUAUUGAUCUUUCCUGCAACAAUCUUCAGGGUGAAAUCCCGAAUGAGAUAACAGCUCUGUCAGCCUUGAGCACUCUGAAUUUAUCUUGGAACCAAUUAUCAGGAAGAAUUCCAGAGGACAUAGGGAGCAUGCAACAAUUGGAGACACUAGACCUUUCAUCUAACCAUCUCUCAGGUCCUAUCCCAUUAAGCAUGGCAUCCAUCACUUCAUUGAGUUAUCUUAACUUGUCACAUAACAACCUUCAUGGCCCUAUCCCAUCAACAAACCAAUUUGGAACCUUUACUGAUCCUUCGUGUUUCAAAGGUAAUCCAGAACUCUGUGGGAAACCAUUGACCACCAAUUGCUCCUUACCCAGGAAAAGAGAAAUAGAAGAAGAUGAUGAAACAAGGCAUUGUUUUUUUGUGAGGGAGGGAGUGGAAUUCAUUGCCAUGUUUUUGGCGACGUUUAUAAGCUUGACGAUAAAGAAGUCGUAGGGAUACUGCUGCUUCCAUUUCAUGGAGGAAGUUGGAGAAAGAAUUAUCAGGUGCUGUAUGGGUUGCUUGAAUAGGAUUUUGAGCGUCACAAGGAUCUAAUUUCCAUUGCAUUAUUGUUCUUUCUGUUUUGAUACUGUUGCAGUGAAAAUAUGGCAAUCUUUGAAAUUAUGUUUGUCCCUCAAGUUUCUGUGUUUUUUACUUU